AUGGCAGCAUCUCUGAAAAAUGCCACGUAUGCCAUUCAAAGAGGUCUCGCACAAGUGGGCUCACGUCGCAAUGAAGCUGGCUGGGCAGGCUCAUGUGACAACUGGAAGUACCAAACUGAGUUCUUUGGUGGCCACAGAGACUACCAAGUCUGCAUUUAUGAGAACAGAGGAAGUGGGUUCUCAGACGCACCUGCCAAAAAUUACCAAAUGUCGGAUAUGGCAAAGGACGCUUUGGAGCUUCUAGGACAGCUAGGAUGGGAUAAUAAGAGUGUUCAUGUGGUUGGAGUCUCAAUGGGCGGUAUGAUUGCUCAAGAACUAGCCCUUUUGGCACCGAAAACAAUGCAAUCGCUGACUCUGGCGUCAACUCACGCUGGUGGAGGCCUCCCGCCCAUAAGACAAAUCCCAUUCAUUCUUACAGCACUGUCUCGUAUUGCUCUUGGGCUCGAAUCACUCUCUGAAUCGGUACCUCAUCUACUAUAUUCUCGUCACUGGCUCAAAGAAAUGAAGUGGCCCGGAGUAACCAAUCUCGAAGCCAUUAAACGCUUUCAUAAGGAUCGAGUUGAUGGCAGACCACCACAAAGUAUCACAGCUGCGAUGAAGCAGUUGUGGGGCAUCAUACGGCAUCGUGUGGAGGAAGAACGUCUGCAAGGAUUGGGCGAGACUCUGCAAAAGGCUGGGGUUCCAUCGAUGGUUGUCCACGGUUCAGAAGAUGCCUUGGUGCAUAUAAGGAACUCUCUCCAUGUUGCAAGAAACCUCAAAUCCAAACUCGUUUUCUUCGAAGGUCGUGGACAUGCCUUAAACCAUGAAGACGUGUCUGGGUUCAAUAGCUUAUUAUUGAGGCACUUUGAGUCGUCUAGCGUUCGACAACAUUCGACCAGCAACGCCACCAGUGUGAUUGCAACCACACCACAAGGAACAUUUACAUCGAAUUCUUCGUUGCGUAAUAUGUUGGGACUGGGGGAAAUAGAGCUGGAAGUGGUGAAAAAGUGCCACAGAUCGCCUUCGUAUAGAUGA